GAGAGACCGGGGAAUGCUGGGCUAUGCUGAUGUAACAGGCUCUCUGCAAUUUUCAUUCAGAUGUGGUUGGCUGCAAGCUGGCAGAGAGCCUCAGCUACGCCUCCAACUCCGAUGAGGUCCGCUUUGGAUGGGCUUCCCGAGACUUGGCUAUGAAGACGCGGCCGGGCUGCCAGCCCUAACUCGCCUCGGAGGAGCCGCCAGAAGUCAGCCCCGCUCGCCCUGCCCGCCUCCCUUCGGAGAUGCCUCAGCUCACAAGGCAAAGAUGGAGCGGUCCUCCUCGCCAGCGCCCUCCGCCCGCAUGUUCCUCUUAAGGGGAGCCGGCCCAGAAAAGUGGGGUGCUCGCCUCCAGCGCCGAGGGCCCAGAAGAGCCGGGGCUGGCAGCUCUGGGCGUCUCGGGCCGCCACUUCCCUCUCUUCGGGGACACGGGAGUCCUUUGGACCGAGAGCGUCGCUCUGCGGGAUGGAGGGCGCGUUCAGCACCUUGGAGAGCUCCCGCUGAGCCGCUUGGCAGGCGGAUGCUCCAUUCGGGGAGCUGGCCAUUCCCUUGACAGGCAGUGCCGCUCAGCCCCAAACAAGCCUUUCUCUCUUCCUCUCUCUCUCUCUCCCCUCAGCUCCUUUCUGCACCAAGACACCUUAAACUCCUUCUUGCUUGCUAGAGAAGCUCAAGCUUUGUAAGGGGAAACUUUAGAACAGCCUUCUGUUGCAAAACUUUGGGGAGCCAGCCACAAGAAAACCAAGAGAGCAGCAGAGUGAGUGAUUCUCCUUUUACUUCUCCUCUCUCUGCUUUGUGUGUGUGUGUGUGUGUGUCAGGAGCGACCUGAGAAACUGCAAGUCGUUUCUGGUGUGAGAGAAUUGGCCGUCUGCAAGGACGUUGCCCAGAGGACACCCAAAUGUUUUGAUGUUUUACCAUCCUUGUGGGAGGCUUCUCUCAUGUUCCCGCAUGUGGAGCUGGAGCUGACAGAGGGAGCUCAUCCACAUUCUCCCCAAAUUCGAACCUGUGAUCUGUCAGUCUUCAGUCCUGCCGGCACAAGGGUUUAACCCACUGCACCACCGAGGGCUCCCUGUGCUUAGAUGUAGGAACUCUUACCUGGAUACAAAGCCUACCUGACCUACGCUCGAAGAUGGAGAGCUUCAGGGCUUUUUCUUUCUUCCCACCAACUUCUCCUGUGUCACAUGACACAUGCCAAAGUUCACUUUAAACGCAUAGACCUUGGCUAAAAGUGGACUCAAGGGUUCCUUCUUAUUUUAUUUUUCUGUCAUCUCUCUCUCUCUCUCUCUCUUCCUAUUGCUGGGAAGUUUAGAACAAGAGUUGACCUCUUAAGCCAAGAAACCUACCUUUUUGGAACGCUGCUGGUCUGGAUUCAGAAUUAGGGAGCACACAACAAGGGACUGCCUUGGGACAUGCUAUAGAAAGGCUGCCACGUUCAACUGCAGGAUUAAAAAAAGAAAAAAGACUUGAGAGAUUUGUCAGGUAACAAGGAAAGAAGUAGCUUUCUCAAGAAAUCAACCACCAAAAGCUGUUGGAGGCCAACAGCUAAGGAAACCCCUCUGGAGACUUUCUGACUGCAUUUGCAUGGGCUUUGAUUUCCCUCCAUAGCAAAGUGUGACACAGACAGAGACCUAGGGAGAGAAGAAAAAAUAACAGAAGAAAGUCUCCAUCCCCCUGGACUUUCAUUGCCACAUCUGGUGGGGAUUUUAGGACUUUUAAAUCCAGCCUUCGCUGCAACCCACAAUGGCAAAUGAACCGGUGAUUUUGAAUGUUUAUGACAUGUAUUGGAUAAAUGAAUACACCUCCACAUUGGGUAUUGGAGUCUUCCACUCUGGAAUUGAGAUCUAUGGCAGAGAAUUUGCCUAUGGAGGGCACCCCUACCCUUUCAGUGGGAUUUUCGAAAUCACACCAGGCAGUGCCGUGGAACUUGGAGAGACCUUUAAAUUCAAAGAAUCCAUCGCCUUGGGCACCACAGACUUCACAGAGGAGGAUGUGGAUAAAAUCAUGGAAGAACUGGGCAAGGAGUACAAGGGCAAUGCCUACCAUCUCAUGCACAAGAACUGCAAUCACUUCUCGGCUGCUCUGGCAGAGAUCCUGUGUGGGAAGGAGAUCCCACGCUGGGUGAACCGUCUAGCCUACUUCAGCUCCUGUAUUCCCUUCCUGCAAAGCUGCCUCCCCAAGGAAUGGCUGACACCAGCUGCCCUUCAGAGCCACAUCAGCCUUGGCCUCCAUAAGGAAGAGCAAGGAGACACCACGGAUGAGGAAUCCCCAUCCACUUCUGCAGCUGCCUCAGCCUCAGGCCCUUCGCGAACCUGCAGACACACAAGAGUCUGAACUCCAUGCCCACUGAAAUCACUGUCAGACAUUUUCCUUUGCUCUGUUUGCCACUCAUCCUCCACAUCUCAUUGCCUCUUCACUCAUCUCCUGAGAAUGCCAGGAGAACACUUCAGCCCAAGAUCACCAGGUUGAAUCCUUUCAGAAAGGAAACGAAUGCCCUGCCUCUUUUUCUAUGUCCUGCUGCAGCUACUCAGCAAAGUGACCUCUGUCACUCCAAGAUUCAGGCCAACAUGUGCUGGAGUUUAAACUCUGGAGGCUGACAUGCAUUCCUGAAUCCAAAACAAAAACCAGAAACUGCUGGCAUCUCUGGGACAUGAUGACACAGUGGACCUGAAGGGAAGCCAUAAUGAGAAGUUCCUCCUCUGGAACUCUUUUAAUCCUCUGCCUCCUCCUGCCAUGCACACAAAACGCCUUUUCUCCACUCCCUCCGAGGUUGCACCUUAUUCACACAGGGCGCCUGCCUCCUUUAAGUACCAAAAUAAUGGACUGGACUCAGAGCUUAUCUUCCUCAUCCAUACGACCAGCAACAAGCUCCAGUUAACACCAUUUCCUUAUUUCUCUUUCGUUCUCUCCCCUUAUCCCCCACCCCUUUUUUGUAAUCACUAGUUUCUUAAAGUCAUCUGCUGGAUAAAUGAAAGGUGCUGCCAUUCUACCACUGCAGAUUUAUUUAUUUUUUCUUUCUUUUUUGUGAAUUAGAAUAUUGUAUCAGAGACUGGAGGAUAUAUCAUCCUUCAACAACAAUAGCAAAAGUAUUCUAGAAACGAUUGUGUGGUUCUGGUUUUUAUUAAGAAGUUAUGAAAAAAGCAAGAUAAUGAAAGUUGUCAGUUUCUUUCUGGACAAGGGUUUCUCUCAUAUCUUUAAUCUAGAAGGAAGAAAUGAUGCUAUUCCAGAUGAUGAUGGGCCACAAGUCUCAAUAGCUCUAGCCAUCAAAACUAAUGAUUGUGUGUGAUGGGUGUUGUAGUUCAACAACUUGAAAGAAGAUCCCUCUGCUAUACAUAAAAGUGAAGUGAACUGUUUCAAGCAAUACGGGGCAUGGACAGCUAGACAGAAUGUGAGAUCAGCAACUAACAAGUAGAGUAUGUGUCCAGUUCUGGGAAUCACAGUUUAAGAAGGGUGUGAACAAGCUUAAAUGUUUCCAGAGAAAGGUGACCAAGGUGAGAAAGAACCUGGAAAUGUGUGAGAAACAGUUUAAGACAGUGUUUCCCAAACUCUGGUUUUCCAUUUGGCUUGGACUUCCUGGAGUCUCUGAUCAUUGGCAAAGGGAGAUGAGGGUCCGAGGAGUUGAAAACCAAAGCACCUGGAGGACUGGAGUUAGGGAAUCACUCAUUUAAGGUGCUGGGUAAGUUCAACCUAGAGAGAAGACUAGAACGUGAUACAACAGCCUUUCCCAAAUAUCAGAAUGAUUCCCAUUAGGAAGAUGGAGUGAGUUUGUUUUCUGCUGCUUCAGGGAAUAGGACCCAAACCAAUAGAUUCAAUUUAUAAGUCAGAGGAUUCCAACUACACUUUAGGGCAGUGGUUCUCAACCUCUGAGUCCCCAGGUGUUUUGGCCUACAACUCCCAGAAAUCCCAGCCAGUUUACCAACUGUUAGGAUUUCUGGGAGUUGAAGGCCAUAACAUCUGAAGACUCACAGGUUGAGAACCACUGCUUUAGGGCUUAAACAGUGAAAAGGGGUAAUAGACUAUUUUUUGCUGGUGGUUUCUAAACAAAAGUUAGAUGGCCAUCUUUCAGAGGUCCUUUGGCAGUGGAUUUUUGCACAGACAGAGAGUUAAACUAGAUGGCCCUUGGAGUCCACCCCAACCCCAUUCUUUUUCUAUAAUUUAAAUUAUAUCCUGCCUUUCUCCUGGCAUGGAACCCUGACUCUAUGGUUUUCAAAGUGAUAGUCUUAAGAUAAGAGUGGGGCAUUUGCACUCUAAUCAGGCAGUGAAAAUGUCUGCAAGAAAGCCUGCAUCAAAAAAUUAAAUUGACAACCCUGGCUAGAGCUGGUAUUUGGACUAAAUUGGUAGGGCUCUUAUAGCUUUCUGUCUGAUACUCUCAGUUUUUUUCAGUGGUCCCCUAAACUUUCCUUAAGUAGAAGAUCAGAACUGAGAGAUGGGCUUGACAGUGACUACUAUUUGGUGACCCCCCUGUGCUGUUGUAGAAAAGCCCUGGUUCAUUCCAAGGUAGAGUUAUGGUAGGCCUCCAGUAGCUCCAAGCAGGAUGGCCAAUGCCCUGGAAUGAUGGAAUUUGUUGUCAGGCAUCAUCUGUGGACCCAGAAGUUGGAGGUCACAGAUUUGAACCGCAGGCUCACAGAGCUCAGAAACGGUGAAACUAUAGGUGAAUCAAUUCGUUGAUGCCUUUAAAACACAGAGAACCAUUUGUUCUUUAGACAAGGGAAUUCUACACAGUAGAAUUCAUGCAGUUUAACACUUUAAGUGCCAUGACUCGAUGCUAUCAUAUUCUGGGACAUCUAGUUUGGUGAGGCACUUGAACUCUGAAAAGAAGACUAAAGACCUUGCAAAACACAAUCCCCAUGAUUCUUUGGCAUUGAGCCAUGAAGGUUAAAAUUAUGUCAAACUGCAUUAAUUUUACAGUGUGGAUGUAGCCAAGGACCACAACUUUGUCAUAUAUUGUGUUGUAUAUUCCACCUUACAAAACCUGUUAACAGCCUGAUAUAGUAAGGUAAGUGGGCAAUGUCCUGCAAUCAAGGAACUGUUCUAUUCCUCCCACCCUAGGGUAGCCAUUUCCUAUAAACCCACUUUGCAAAGAGAAAAACAAACAAAUAAAAAGUCCCAAAAUUAGCCACUGACACCUC